CCUGCCUCCCAUUGUGAUGAACUCCCUGCUCCCUGCAGCCUCCCCGGCUGAGCCCAUCACGUGCCCGGGAAGGUGCAAGGUCCAGCGGGGCAGGGAUCGCGGAGCCGAGGGCUGGCAGCCGGCUGCGGAAUGAAGCGCCUGCUCUCCCUGCUGGGCAUCCUGCAGCUCCUGGCUGCCACCGCUGCCGUGUACAAGCAGUGGAUCCCCAACACCAAUUUCGAAACCGCCUCCAACUGGGAUAAAGGCAGAGUCCCCUGUGCCAGGGAUGUGGUUCACUUUGACAAGGACAAGGUUGUCUCAGUCUUCGUCGGGUCUCCCCAUGCGCUGACAGACAUGUACCUGCCCCUGAACGGAGAGUUCCUGCUGGCAGCUGGUGCAGCCUUCACAGCUUUCGAUGGCAGCUGGGAUCCAGGCUGUGACUCAGGUGGAACAGUGAGGUUUGCUGAUGCUGAGCACCGCUCGUGGUUCGACCCCACGCUGUGGCGGGAUGUCCUCCCCAGCGGGGAGCUCAGGCCCGGCGGGCCCAUCUUCUCGGUGCAUGAGGAGCGCGUCCCGUGCCGCCACGACGAUGUUCUCUUCCAGCCCGAAACCUCCUUCCGGGUAAACACCGACUCAGCACAGCCCGUGAUUCAGCUCCGCAGCAUCUCUGUCAUGGGCCAGGAGCUGAACACCCCAUCGUCCUGGGCUGGGUACCUGGGGGGCCCCUCUGCCCCGCUGCAGUUUCAUGGCAAUGGCACUCUCCAGGUGACAGGCACUGGCUGUCCUGAUAAGUCUGGCUGUGCCUGUGGGAACGCCCUGGAUGGCCCCCGCAUCUGCGCAGCCCUGCUCAGGGCACCAGGGAGGCAGUGCCCAGAGCCAGCGUGCCAGAGCCCUCUGCAGCCCCUUGGCCACUGCUGUGGCAUCUGUGGGGCCACCAUUAACCUGGAGUUCACUCCUGAUUUUGACCUGCAGAAGUACCAGGACAAAUUGGUCCAAGAGUUGCUGAGCCAGCCCAGAUACGCCGGUGUGCAGCUGGCCAUGUCCAAGGUGCACAGAGCACAGACCUUCCUGGGCCUCGUGUCCCGCGGCGCCGCUCCUCUCAUCCAGAUGGUGCUGAUUGAUGACAGAGCGGGAGCGCAGGCGGGCACCACUGCCCAGCAGCUGGCAGCAGACAUCAUGCAGGACAUAGCACAGCACGGUGAAGCUCUCGGCAUUUCAAGUGGCAGAAUGGAAGUGGCCACUGGCAGCACUGCCACUGGGCAGGUGGGGAGCCCCCCAGUGAGCAGGAUCGCAGCAGGGACGGUCAUGGGGCUGCUCUUCAGUCUCCUGUUCCUUGGAGGGAUCCUCUUUCUCUACAGAAGGGGAAAGCUGAGGUUGCCCACCCUGCGCCCGCAGCACCCCUGGGAGAGGAUGGAGGAGCCGGCGCCCCCUGCACCAGCCAGUGACAAAGGCUUUGACAACCCCGUGUUCAGCGUGGAGCCUCCAGAUGUUGACCUUGCAGAAGUGGCGUCCAAAGAUCUCCAGGUGUUCUACCUCAACCCUCUGUACAAUGCAAGUGAGACAGAGACCUGAUGGUGUGGACUUGUGCUGGGGCAGACCCCACUCCCCUGGGGAUAUCUCCACCUCUCCAGCCCUCACAGCCCCUCACAUCACUCCUGGUGGGAUUCAGGCCAGAAGCAGAUCCCACCUGAAUAAAAGUGUCUUUUUUUUCAGUGAAGGAAA